GGCCAUUUCUUGCCAUUUCUUACUACUUCCUACUAUUCUCGCUCUUCCCCGCCGUCCCCACCAUUCCUCUCCACACCCCGGUUCCCAGCCCUAACGACAGUGGCCUCCAUGUCCGACCUCCACCGCGCCCUCUCGGGCGCACAUCGGCCCAACUCGAAUCCCAGAAUACAUAGGCAUAGCAGUCCCUACAAGAGACCAUUAGGCCAAAGCGCUCUGCACCCCUCUUCCACCAUGGGUGACCUUGCCAGCCUUGCCGGGCGCGAAACUUCUCCUACGAAGAAACCCGUCCCUACUUCCAGAGUCCAGAGUCUCGCGUCCGGUGGGAGCCUUACCAGAUCAGGUAGCGAACCGUCACUGUUGUCUGGAAUAAAGUCUAUUUUCACAAGACCUCUUCAGUGGCUCUCCACACCUGGAAAGACAGCAGGAGUAUCUAAGCGUGACAGCUUGUCAUCCUUUGGUAACGAACUGGAGGAUCCUGAGUCUCCGUCCGAUAGACGAGAAGGCAAGAGGAUACGAAGGCACUCACCAGAGCCUCGGACGAACCGGUUUAACGACCUCGCCAGUGACUACGCACCAGAGCAUCAGUUUGAAGUCCAAGGGCGCGCCGUGUCUGGCUUUAUGCUUCCUCCCCUCUCUCCCCAUGUCACCCUCAAACCCAAGUCCUCUUUUUCUAAUGACAAGACCGCACACAGAAAGCCUGCCAAUUUCUCUAGGCCCCUCACCUCUUCCCAGUCCAUGUCAUAUCUCGACCCCCCGUCCAACGUGCUGCGAUCUUCAGCGUACGGGCAGGCUGUUGCUUCACCAAAAAAGACUGGCACAUUGACUCGUUCCAAGAGGGUUGACUUAGCUACACUUGCAGAUGAUGAUGCUGGUUUCCAGGAAGAUAGUUUAGGCAAGGAUGACAGAGGGAAGGAAAAAGAGAUCUGGAGUCCGUGGAAGUCUAAAUAUGCCGGUGCUAAUGGAGCUUCAUCGACUGCCGCCGCACAAAAGAACAUUACUCCUGGCCGCAAAACGUUCGCGCAGACAUUAGAAGACGGUGAUCAUGCUCAUCCAAUGGCUUCACCCUUCCGAGGACUGCCCACUGCCUCUCCUCGACCGCGUCAACCCAGCACCAUUGGUCUCGGUCGCUCAGCAACUGCCGCUAACCUGCGGCGUCAUGCCAGCGUUGUCUCUGAUCUCAGCAUGGCCUCCGCAGGUGACACUGUAAGAAGCACCAGCAUAAGGAACCUACGGGACCUUGAAAUUCAUUCGCCGCCAGGAGGAAGUAUAAGUCGUGACAAAGACGAUGAUAGGAUGAGUGUUGAAGGAGAUAGCAUCAGGCGAAAAGAAGGAAGUGUCCUGGAUUGGUUCAUGCACGACCAAUGGGAAAAACCCAAAUCACCUGCAUCUGUGGCUGCCUCCAACAGGUUAGGCACAUCAAUGCCUAGAGCUGCCCCGACUCCCAUGAGAAGGGGCCAGAUGGUUUGGAAUCAGGAUGAUAAGGUCUUUAUGAGGGAGAGUGAACUCAAAGCUUCGCAAAGGCCAGCACCUGUUCACAAAAACGAAGCCGAACGCAUUCUUUACACUUUGGAAGCCAUGCGUAAAACUCCUCUCACUGAUGCUCGAAAAGGCGACAUUCCACCUCUUCUCGGCCAAUCCUCCCGUACUCUCCGACGAAGCAUUAACGUCCCGCUUGCGACUGCUGCUGGUGGUGAAAGUGCCAAACAAAGGAAAGACAAAGAAAGAUUUGGUGACUUGGGAGUAUCAGUCAUGAUCAGCCCGUAUGGUCGGAGAAGGGUAGCUGACAGAGAGGCAAGGGAGGUCAGGAAACAUAGUCGGAUGGAGAGUCAAGAGUAUCGACCAUCCCCAACUCCAUCGGAUGCAAGAAGUGAGACUGCUAGCCAGAUUUCCGGCGCCCAAAUUGAAUAUUUGGCGCCUAAGGAAUCCUCUCCUUCUCCUUCCGCUCCCACUCCCCGCCGAUCAUCUCGACUCAAUAGAACCAAUGCCGUCGAGGAGACCACCCCCAAAGCCAAUAGAAGAUCUACCAGAAGAGGCGCUCCAAAACAGCCAGCGCCCGUGCAUGAAGAAGAACCAGUCACGAGGUCAUCUAGGUCGACUCGGCGUACCAAGAAAACUGUCGUUGAGCGCUCAACCUCACCUACUCCCCCUCCGGCUCCGCCUUCAGUACCAUCAAUCAUUGCUACAGCACCUUCUCCGGGUAAGCCCUCUACUUCUGACACAUAUCAGCCUCGAGCGGUCGAUCAAAUGCCCCGUGGAGGUUCUUCUUUACGCGCCAGGUCCGAUACGUCAAAACGAACACACCAAAGCGCAGCAUCUUACUCUCGAUCCCAGACUCCUCCUACUUCUGGACGAUAUUCUGCCAAGGACGAGGAUUUGCCGGAUAUGGAAGAGCUAGAAAAAGCUUCCAAGAUUGCAUUACCCUCUUUCUCCGGCAUCUCUUUCGCAGGCUUGAAGCCUUCUGGUGAUGAAAACGCUUCCAACAAUACGAUGCCCUCAAAGUCUGUGACAACACCAGCUGCACCCCUCCCUCCACUAAGUCUGCCGCGUGCUGGUGGGCCUUUGGCCCGACUGGGCGUUGCGUCUACCCGCCCUAGAGCUUCAUCUCCUCUCGCUGCUGGUUCUAUCGUGGCUGCGCCUGACUCUCCCCCUACAAUGCCUGUGCCCAAUAAAAAUGACUCGUCUCCACUGGCUAACGGUAUUUUCCCCAUCUCUGGAGGUACCACAGAGAAAUCUGCUUCGCUCAACCCUACCGGCUCUACCACACCAGCAGGUAAACCGCCCGCCGCUUCUUCCUUCUUCUCCAAAGCUCCUACUUCCACUGAAGCCGCAAAAAAGCCAUCUUUCUCUUUCGGCGACUCUUCUAGCAAAGUGUCUGGUGAAACGAUAUCUGGUGCUGGAAAAGCUGAAGCCGGUAGCAUCCCUAACUUUUUUGGGAGUGCCACCGUGUCGUCCGCUUCUUCAACUAAACAGUCGUCGCCUGUCCCUGUGCCUGCACUUGAUUUUGGUGUUCAGAAAAAGGACAGUGGUGAAAAAGCGCCACCAGCAGCCUUGCCCCCACCCAUCGCGUCUGCUAGUGCUUCGCCAGCGCCCGUCUUCUCUUUUGGAGCUUCGGUAAACGGGAACAAGGAGGGGGAUAAGGAGAAAACUACUGACUCUGCUGCUUCACCGUUCUCCUUCGGCGGAAAGGAACCAGAAGUUGCAAAGAAGGAUUCUGCAGCUCCCAGUGGCGGAUUCAGUUUUGGCGUUAAAAAGGAUUCAACAUCUGGUGGUGAAUUUAGCUUUGGGAAGUCGAAGGACAGCCCUGCCGCAGCAUCUAAUGCUGUUCCCUCUUUUUCAUUUUCUGUGUCCAAACCAGCGGCAUCGGACACUGUUACCAAGUCUCCGUUCUCCUUCGGUGCGCCCGCCUCUGAUAAGCCCAAGUCUGAUGAACCAUCCAAACCUGCUUUCACGUUUGGGCAAUCCAACUCAAGCUCUGCCGCCCCGGAUUCUGUCAACUCGUCCCAUACCCCCUCAAAACCCGCAUUCAGUUUCGGUGCGCCCGCUCCUUCCAGCAACACUCCCGCCUCAAAGCCUGCCUUUACAUUUGGUGCGAGCAGCUCCACCACCCCUGUAACAACCCCCACCACAGCUGUAGCCAAUAAAGAUGCAACUGGGGGUGGGAUCACUGCUCCCAGCACUACGCCAGCCUUUGGAGGCUUCUCAUUCGGUAGCCAAGCUGUGAACAAAGCCGAAGAUAAAAAGGACGCACCUGCGAACCCGUUUGGGGGAACUUCAAAUAAUAAUUCAACGUUCACGCUUGGUGGCCCUGCUAACAAGUCCAUUGCUGCGAACGGGACGAGCUCUCCUUUCGGGACUGCUCCAAGCACCGUUGCGAAUGCAGACUCUGCCAAGAAUCCUUUCGAUAAUAAAAGUGGGCCCAAUGGGGUCACGGCACCAGCUUUCACCUUUGGUGCUCCCGGUAACGCGUCAAUGAAGCCUGCUAAUGCAGGCGCGUUUGGAUCAAAUGUAUCGACCGGUAGCCAACCGUUUGUCUUCGGUGCGAGCUCUGUCAAUGGUGGCUCUACUUCUGCGCCCUUGAAUACGUUCAAAACCGAUAACGUCGCUAAGCCGAGCACUCCCGCUUUCGCCUUCGGGUCGGGUAGUAAUGCUACUCCGGCGUCCAACCCAUUCAACGCUUCUACUGCCCCAGCAUCUAAUCCUUUUGGUCAGCAGCAAGACCAGAAACCAAAUGCGCCGGCUAGCUUUGCUUUCGGUGCGACCAACAACUCCGUCGCUGCGCCAGCAUCCAAUUCUUCAUUUUCCUUUGGACAACCUAUGAAUGCCAGCCCUGCUGCAUCCACUUCCACGUUCUCCUUCGGCCAGCCUGCUCAACAGCAAUCCUCAACUCCUGCUGCUCCUUCGUUCUCUUUCGGACAGACUGCUGCCCAACCACAACCAGCGGCGGCGUUCAGUUUUGGCGCGCCUGCCGGUGAUGCUUCUAGGUUCAAAAGUCCCACGCCCGGGCCAGAAGGGGGAUUCAGUUUGGGUGUGGCAACAAACGAGGCUGCGCCAGCGAGCCCUGGUGGAAGGAGGGUUAAAGGUUUGCCACGAAGGCGAUGAUAAGUACUCUGGUAAUUGGUUGUAUUUCUAUUGUAGCAGCACGUUCGGGUCAGGUGUAUAAGGAAGGCUGGAACGUUAGUUUUCCCAUAGCAUAUAAAUUUUUCAUUACAUUUUCUUCAUAAGUAGGGUAUCUUUCCUAAUAUUUUUCCUCAUAUAUUCGACGCAAAAACGCAAUUGCAUACUGUUACAGCAAGGUUUCAUUCGGUUUUGGUAUAUGCAAAA